AUGGCCAGUGCCCCCCAUGUCCCGGAGGACCAGAGCCGCCUCCUCGAAGAGGCCCUGGGGGUGGUACGACAGCAAUCGCAUAUGAUGCGAAGAUGUUUAGAAACUCCAGGAAAGCUGAUGGAUGCAUUGAAAUGCGGAUCUACAUUGGUAGCCGAACUUCGAACUCCCACAUUGGGACCAAAGCAAUACUACGAAUUGUACAUGUCGGUAUUUGAUGCGCUUCGUCACCUAUCAGACUACCUUCGAGAGUCUCAUCCGGUGAACCACCUGGCAGAUUUAUAUGAGCUAGUACAGUAUGCGGGAAACAUUGUUCCCCGGCUCUACCUUAUGAUUACUGUCGGCACAGUGUACAUGUCCAUUCCGGAUGCUCCAGUGAAGGAAAUCAUGAAGGACAUGAUGGAAAUGAGCAGGGGUGUACAACACCCAAUCCGCGGGCUAUUUUUGAGAUACUAUCUCUCUGGCCAGGCGCGAGAUCACUUACCCAUGGGAUCUGGUGAUGGGCCACAAGGCAACUUGCAAGAUUCGACCAAUUUCGUUCUAACCAAUUUUGUGGAAAUGAACAAGCUAUGGGUGCGGUUACAGCAUCAGGGCCACUCAAGGGAACGAGAGAAGCGAACACAAGAGAGGAAAGAACUAGAGCUUCUUGUUGGAAGCAACCUUGUUCGUUUAAGCCAGCUGGUUGACCUUGAGUCGUACAAAUCGGUUAUAUUGCAACCCCUUUUAGAGCAGGUGGUUCAAUGCCGAGAUGUGCUUGCGCAGGAGUAUUUGCUGGAAGUGAUAACAAAGGUAUUCCCAGAUGAAUACCAUCUACAUACUUUGGACUCAAUGUUGUCUGCUAUUGCAAGACUGAAUCCCCAUGUCGACAUGAAGAAAAUUGUGAUUGGCCUCAUGGAUAGGCUCUCGACUUAUGCAACCCGUGGGUCGGAAAAGAGUGAUGACCCGGAAGUAAGGAGGAAGGCGGAAGAGGAGGCAACAGUAAGAUUAUUGGAAAACCUCCAGCUUUCGAAACAAAGAGGCACGACAGCCACAGCCUCGGAUGAGCAGAAGCCGGGGAAGUCUGAUGAUGAGAAGCUACUGCUAAAUCUACAGAAGCAAAUGCUACAAAUGACCAGCAAGAAGACCAUGAGUCAACAUCGGCCCUUCCUGGGAAUGUUAAGCUCUAUGAAAUCUUCUACGAUCAAGAACAUAUAUCCGGACCGACUAGAAGAAUACGUUGAUCAAGUGCUACAAUAUGCUACGAAGACUGCAACUGAACACUAUGACAGCGCGGACUUCCAUUCCGCACCAGCCCAAUCCAGCAUAUUAAACCUUUUACUCGCCCCCCUCCAGUCCAGCCUGGUGGGUAUCCGGGUGCCCAAUCUCAACGACGCGGCGGGGAAACAGAGGAGACAAUCGAAGAGCAAGGGUGGCUUGCGCGAAUAG